AUGGCCAUCAUGGGCGCCGAUCUCCGCCUGGUGGACCACACGGGCGUGCUGGGGCCGACGGGCAUGGCCAUCAUGGGCGCCGAUCUCCGCCUGGUGGACCACACGGGCGUGCUGGGGCCGACGGGCAUGGCCAUCAUGGACGCCGAUCUCCGCCUGGUGGACCACACGGGCGUGCUGGGGCCGACGGGCAUGGCCAUCAUGGACGCCGAUCUCCGCCUGCAGUGA